AUGGGAAAUUGUUAGAGUGAAGAACUCAGUCAUUCUGAAUUGGAAUUGUAUACCCCGUAAUUGUCGCAAUAUAAGUUGCUCUACGUUAUAGGGAAAGGAGGAUUCGGUAGGGUAUGGAAGGUGAAAUGCUAGAGAAAGUACUUCGCAUUGAAGGAGAUGAUAAAAUCUAAAAAUUAGAAUAAUCGAAAACCAAUCUAAUAAGAGUGUUAUGAACGAGAGAAUUCUGCUUUAAAAACUAAAUCAUUCAUUUCUAGUUAAUAUGAGGGGAGCAUUUUAAACAUCGACACAUUUAUACAUAGUGGAGACCUAAGAUAUCAUUUAUGUAAGCAGGGCAAAUUCACUGAAGAACAAACAAGGUUUUUUGUGAUCUGCAUAUUGAUGGCUCUCCAAUAUUUGCAUAAAAACCUCAUCCUUCAUAGAGACAUUAAACCUGAGAAUCUGGUAUUUGAUGAUAGGGGCUAUCUUCACAUAACAGAUUUGGGGAUUGCUAGAAUAUGGAAGCCCAAUAACAAGAAUGAGACGAGUGGAACUCCUGGAUACAUGGCUCCGGAAGUUAUGAUGGAAACUGACCAUGGAGUAGCCUGUGAUUACUUUGCCUUAGGUUGCAUUGUGUAUGAAUGUUUGACAGGGAAAAGACCCUAUUAAGGAAAAACCAGAAGGCAAAUUAGAGAGUUGAUAAUAAGCAAAUAGGUUAAAUUACCCAAUCAAGGCUUAUCCAAAGAGGUUACUGAUUUUGUGAAUAGAUUACUGCAGAGGAAGGCUAAUUAAAGAUUAGGCAAUGAAGGUCCGGAUGAAGUGAUGAGUCAUCCGUGGUUGAAAAAUGUCAAUUGGAGCAGACAUUAUGAUAAAUUAGUCGAGGCUCCCUAUAAGAUUGUGGGGAAGGAUAAUUUUGAUUCUAAAUUUGUGAAUCAAGUGUUGAGUAUUAGUGAGUACAAGGAGGAAAGGGAUCACAAUAACUUGUUUCAAGGGUUCACUUACUUGGAAAACAAUGAUGAACAAUAGGUUACAGAUAUAUACACUAGUAAAUAAAAGCUAUUAUUAUCUACUAAAUAUUAUUGA